UAGGGAGGGCCUCAACCGGGACCUUGAGUUCAUGUCACAUUACAGGUAGAGCAGACAAUGGAAGGAUUACUUCACUACAUCAAUCCAGCACAUGCCAUCUCGCUCCUGAGUGCACUUAACGAGGAUCGCCUAAAAGGCCAACUUUGUGACGUUGUCCUAAUUGUUGGUGAUCAUAAAUUCCGGGCUCAUAAGAAUGUUUUGGCUGCUAGCAGUGACUAUUUCCGUUCUUUGUUUACCAAGAAAGAGAAUGAAAGCCAGUCGGUCUUCCAGUUGGAUCUCUGUGAAGCAGCUAUCUUUGAGAAUAUUCUAAAUUACAUCUAUUCCUCAUCCCUCUUCAUAGAGAAGAAAAGCCUUUCAGCUGUCCAUGCUCUUGGUGACAACCUUGGUAUCUCUUUUCUGACCAGCAUUCCAUCACAGACACCUCAGAUUUCUUGUGCUCCAAAUCCUGUCAAGAAGCAUGGCAAAGUUGGUGAAGAUGGAAGUAGUGCCCAGCCACGGAGUGUGAUUGUGUGUCAGAGUCGCAGUGACCUUGAUAAAAGUAAUGCUGAAUCUGAAGCAAAGGGAGGGGAUUCAAGUCAAAAAAAGGGACCAUCUGAGGACGAUCCAAGUCACAGUUUUAAGUCUUCAUCUUUAAUGAAUGCUUUAAGAGCAAAUUCUAAUCCUCUGUCCAGGGAUGCUGAUACAACUCAUCUUUUGGAUGAUAAAGGACAAUCUUUGUUAAAAGAUAUUCAUGGAAAUUUAGGUAACACUAAAUUCUAUGCAACUUUCAAAUCUCUGGAUGAUCAAAAUAGAAUGAGGUUUUGGCCCGAUAGGAGAAAUUCCAUGAGUGUAGAUGGCACUUCAAGUUUUACUGGCAAUAUUUCUGAGGCGAGGCAAAGUCUGACUGAUCUCUUGGUAAACGGAAAGCCUUUACCCAAGCCACAACUUUCACCCGCAUUUUCAUUUCAUGGAACUACAGGACAUCCAUAUUCCCAACAAAAAGCUGGGAACACGGUAAAUGCUGGCAAAACUGAAGAGAGUAAUUUGCUAUAUUACACCAAAGUAGGGCCUACCGUUCAACCUGGAAGAUUGCCACCUAGCAGCCGAAGUGUUGUUAGCAGUGGCCCAUUGGUGAAGAGUCUCCUACGCAGGUCAUUGUCUAUGGAUAGCCAAGUCCCUUCCUACUCUUCGUCUCUUGAUCUGAAAAUGACCUAUGGAUCACAGAUCUGUAAACGGGAACCACUGGAGUUGACUUGUGAUGCAUCAUCCCAGAAGCCAUCGAUUACAGACUCCAUUAAACAGCAGCUUCUAAAGGAAAAGCCAAAGGUUGAUCAGUCUUGUCGACCAAGACAACUUAAUGUAUCUCAGGCUGCUGAAACUGAUGCUGUCUCUCUGCCAUCAGCUCUUAAAAUAAAAACCGAGCCCUGUAGCCCUGCGUCAGAUACUUCUGAUAUAAUUACGGUUACAGUAGGAGAAACUUCACCGUCUACCAGUAAGGACUUUGCUGUGAAAAAUGUGGAGAGGAACAGAAGAGUAUCAAUGCUUCCGGUGAAGAGGAGGUUCUUGGCUGAAAAUGCAAAACUUUAUGAAAAAUCAGAAACUUUGCAGCAUUCUCCCAACAUAGCACAGAGCUUUGAGGAAAGUUCAAGCCCGACAGCAGAUGAUACUAAUCUUGAUCUGUCAAAGACUGAUGAGAACAAAGAUGAAUAUUCAGAGUCUGAAUCAGCAAUAACUGGCAAACAGUUCAAGUGCAUGACCUGCUUCAAGAUAUUCCGGUCCACAGCAGGUCUUUUCCGGCAUGUCGAUAUGUAUCAUAACCCAGAUAAGCCAUAUGUAUGUGAUAUUUGUCACAAGAGAUUUCUUACCAAUUUCAAAGUUUGGACACAUUGCCAAACCCAACAUGGAGUAGUUAUCAACCCAUCAGCAGCUACCAGCUCCAGUCUAGUUCCAGAAGAAAAAUUUCAAAAGAAACUGAAUGAUAUGAUGCGUGAAAGAGAGAUCAAGAAGGCUUUAUUUCACAAGUUGCGGCGUCGGCAAAUAUCAUCUCAUAGUUACUCAGGGCUGCGGUCAGAACAAGGAUUCAAGAAAAAUUUGAAAUCUGCAACUAAAGGAGUAUACAUUUGUACUACAUGUGGAAAGUUGUUUCGUUUUCUGUCACGUUACAGGCAACACAUGAAGACCCACCCAGGUGAGAAGCCCUUUGUUUGCAAACUCUAUAACAGGGCUUUCAAAACAAAAGAACAAGUUGUUACUGAAAACGUAAGUGAAGAUAAUAUUGAGCAUCAGUGUGAGCAUUGUAAUACCAAAAUGUCGUCAUUGGCAGAAAAGACAAAGCAUGAGAGAAUCUGUAGGAAUGUGACUGUGUGCUGCUACUGCAGCCUUAGGUUCUGCUCUAGAGAACUGAAACAGGAGCAUGAAAAUCAGUGCGAGUAUAAGAAGUUAACCUGUCUAGAAUGUAAACGUACAUUUAAAUCAUCUUUCAGCAUAUGGCGUCAUCAGAUUGAAGUUCACAAUGAAAACACAAUGGCCCCAGUGGAAAAAUCCAAUUUGGAUCCAAUAUGUCAUAAUGGUGUCUUGCCUAAAGAAGUUCAAACUGAAGCAGGAGAGGAUGCUAUUGUCAGUCCAAGUACAUCAAAAGAAUAUGAUGCCUGCAGUGACUCUUCAGAGCCAAUGUAUGUUGACUCUGAAGAUUCUUCUUGCUUUCCUGAAGAUUUGAGUAUUUCUAAUCGGAGAAAUACAAGCAGUAACAAUAACCAUCUACCUGAUGUAGUUUCCACAAAUCCCAUUCAUCUGGAAGAUGUAACAUCAGAACCCAACAGUUCUAGUGGGGAACCAGAGGACCUGACAUGCAAAGGAGAGCGUGGUCUUUGGCCAUGUGAAAAAUGUGGCAAGAUCUUCACGAUACACAAGCAACUGGAGCGUCAUCAGGAAUUGUUGUGCGCUGUUAAGCCAUUUAUUUGCCACGUUUGCCAUAAAGCGUUCCGUACCAACUUCCGUCUCUGGAGCCACUUUCAGUCCCAUAUUUCUCAGUCAGCAGACCACCUUGAAUUUUCUAAACCUGUGAGGAGCCCUACGUCUUGUCCACCACCUCCCCCUCCACCACCACCACCACCACCACCACUCCCUGUACCACCCCAGGAGCAGUCUCCUGAACCUGAACCACCCUUAAAUAAUUCAGACAAGACGGGUAGCCCACAGGCAGCAGAUACACUUUUUACCCAUGCCCCUCCUCUUGCAGCAGCUACCUUCGAAAGGCCAUUCAUGUGCAAAUUUUGCCGUAGGACUUUCAAAACUGCUUUCAGUCUGUGGAGCCACGAACAGACACACAACUGAAAUUAAGAUUCAAGUCUCGGAUUUAUGUGGAAUUCCACUAGAUUAAUCUCUAAAGAUAACUUGGAAGCAAGUGUGCCAUGGGCGUGGACUGAAUGAAUAUAUGACAAUAUAAUGCACAAUUUCAUUCUCUGGAAGUUUAGGAAAAUUGGUUUGGAUAAGAAAGGUGAAAGGUAAAAUAUGAAAUUGGUAUUACUGAUGGAACAAAGUAAAAACCUAGAUUUGUUUUUUCAAAAAUCACCACACUUGUUACUUGGGUGCUACAUUGAAGCAUAUUUUUUUAUAUGAUGGAAAUUUGCCAGUGUUACACAAUCAUUGCUUUAAAUGGGACUGGCCUAAUAUCAUUGAACCAAAACAAGCAUUGAAAUGGAUUCUUUAUGAUGUGUUUUUAAUAUUCAGUAAUAUAUGAGGCUUCAGUAAUAUCAUAAAGGCAAUUGAACCACAUUCACCGGUUCAACCAUUUUGAUUGACUGGGUUCAGUGGAAAUGAAGAAUGACCAUUUUAAUCAGUUUUUUUUCCAGCACAGGGAUGAUGCUGAAUGUGGUUUCUACACUAGUUAAGGCCCAAGGUAUAUCCUGUAGCUCAAGGAUCAGUCAGCAUGGGCUUACAAGUAAUUGGCUCAUGGAAUUAUUGGGGUUUUCUGCAAAUAAUAGGCCUCAGGCAACCAGCAGAUUGGAGACAAAGCUGGAGUUUGAAUGUCAGUCACACCUCCCUAUUUAGCAGCAUGGAUGGGAGUCUACUGUAAGCAGAGGUGUCUUAAUCAAUAUGACUUCAAAAGAUUAUUUUCAGGUCUAGAGGUUAUUCUCUUUCAUGCUUUGAUGCCUGUUCUCAUAGUCAUCUUGUGAUUUUUAUAUAGCAUCUAUUAAGGAACAGAACUGUUACUGUAGGAAUAUAGUGUCCCAUUAUAGUGUUGGAUGCACAGUGAUAUUCUAGAAACCCUGAACUGUGACCACACCAAAGGUAGAGAACAAAUGAGAGUUCUGAACGAUGUGAACUAAAACUAAGGAGAAAAGGAAGAAAAUGCUAUCUCUGAGAAUGAAAUUAGUUCGCUUCCAGCACUGAGCUAUAUCAAAAGAUGGUGACAUUAGUUAUACUAGAGAACAGAAGAACAGGUGUAAUACAGCACAACCACUCUUGCAUCUUAAGUCACCCUUCAUAUGAUGAGUAAUUUUGAACUGUCUCCACUUUGGACUUGCUUAACAAGUAUGGAUAAUUUAAAAACAAAAUUACAGUAAAUUGAAAAUGAGUGAAAGACUGAUUUGUUAGUAGUGACAGCAAUUGACAUCAGGGAAGAUGUAUCUUUCAGAAUCAUGAGCCAAACAUAAUGUUGAGGCCGAUUUGUAGUAAAUAAGUAUUUUGUAUAAUAAAUUAAUGUAAUGGUGAAAGGUAGUGACCCAUCAAAUGGAGCAUUACACUAAGUGUUUCCAUAGAAUAUACUCAGGAAAGGGUAGAGUUCAAAGCAGGAGGGUGGACGACUUAGUGGCCUUUCUAUUUAUGCCAGGUUCUAAGAAUUAAGAUUUCCUUAGAAUCUGCCAUUGGCAAAAUUUGUCAUCGCAACACCCUCCACACCAGCUCUAAAUUAUGCUUCAUGUAAUUAAAUUGUUUGUUUAUCAUGGAAUUAAUACAAAUACAUCUGGUUAGCAUGUGUUUGGCAUUCAAGUAUGGACUUUGACAGUAUUCUGCUAAAGAGAUGAGACUGUAUCAACAUUAAACUAUUAUUUCCAAAUUGUAGCUUCGGAGUACACCUUGCUUUCUCCCCCCCCCCCCCCCCCCCCAUCUGCCCCCCAUUAUGAUUGACAUAAAUGCUUUGGUAUGAGCCUUUCUCACAUUUUCAAAUUGAAGAAAAUAAAACUUUCAGCAACACUGACAGGUCUAUUAUAAAUUAUCAUCAUAAGUACCAGUUUAUUGUUCUAUUUAAUCGUAAUAUUGCAAGAGAGGCUCAUGUAGUUCUGUUUGUUCAGUUUGUUGUAACUAAACAUUUCCUUUAUAAUUUAUCAUUAUUGUAAAAGGCAACAGAGUUUGCAGCACUCAAGUUCAUCAACUUUAUUUAAAUUCUGAAAUUUAAGAAUUCUGCGCAGUACUGUGAACUGCAAAUUGAUCACAGCCAAACGAUCUUAAAAAUUCUAUUUCCAUUUGGACUUGUCGUUUACUGCAGUAAAGUUUGUGUGAAGUUUUAAUGGAGGACCCUCUGUUAUGCUUUUUUUAUUUUAACUUAAACAUUAUUGUCCUGUACUGAAAUUCUAUAAUGUUAAGAGUCUGUAGCUACAAAUUGGGUAAGAUUUAAUGUAACCCAUUAUAAUGAGAAACAUGUAGGCUGGGCUCAUUUAGUUGUUUGAGAGUCUUUGCGUCAGUCUCUCUGUGGCAGCCAAACCUCCCCAAAGGGCACAAGGGACUAGAAAAAGAUUCCCAGUAACACAUGAUAUAAACUCAAUUGAUUAAUGAUCCACUUGUCACCCAUUAUCCCUGAUCCCAUUGAAGCUUUAUUGUAACUUGGGGAAGGGUCUCCUGAGGGUGAACGGAAUUGGUGGUGGGGUUAUCCCCAACCAAGGAACCUGGCAUUGACUAGGGUGAUGGUGGCUAAAAAUCACGCUCUUGCUCUUGCCUCCAACUGCCUGUCCCUCACAAGACCCCAGUCUGGAUCCACUCGUUUUUUUGGCCUGUGGCACCAUGAUGAUCUUAAGCCUCUAGAUGUAGUCGUGCCAACUGCCAACAGUGUCCCUGCAGUACAUUCUGGUUACCAAUUUUGAGGUGGAAUUUCAACUAUUGGGUAUCUCAAAGUGCAGAAGAUCUGAGAGCAUUAAGGACACUUGGUUCCAUCAGGCCUCAUUAUCAGAGAACCAAUUCUAUGAGUGAGACCCCCAUUCAGCUGACAAUAUCCCAUCCAUUGAGUUUUUUUUUUUCAUUUUUAACGAUUCUUUUCAUAACUGAUGCUAGACACAAAUCUAUAAAGUACUUUUUUCGUAAGAUUCAGCUGAAGAAAAUAUGUGCCAGUCUGCUAACUGAAGCUAAGAUUGACUAUGAUCCUUGAACUAACUGUGGGCAACAAGACUAAUGAUUAACCGGUGUGUUAUGUGUUUGCAAACCUUCAGCACUAGCUUCACUUUACUAUUGGUUAAUUUUUCACCACUUUACGACUGAACUUGAUUACAGGAAAAAUAAAGUAUCGGUACUCUUAACAGUAAGGAUGGCAUAUAUUUAAAUGUAAACACCAUUUCAGCUCUUGCUACCAAAGAGUUAGUCACAUUAAUUGAACAAUGUAAUAUUUGCUUUUAGAGCAGCAAAGAUUCACAGCAGCACAGAAGUUCCAUCUUGGCAAGUUGCAGAUAAUCCCCUUUAAUCAUUUAUUUGUGCAGAAGAGGGGAAGAAAAUAGGAUUAUCUUGAUGUAAUUUGCAGAAAGACGUGUUUAAUGUAAGCGCUACAUCUGAGAUUGAUCACUAUGUUGUGGUGUCAAUGAUGGUUUCAUUUGCACUUUUUAAAUUACUAACAUUGCCAAAUUUUGACAGUAGAAUCCAAGUCUAUUUCUGUUUCAUUUUUAUAUAUUAAAUUUAAGGCUGUUGUUACUUCUGCUUUCAAUCUUUUUAUUUGUACAGAUAAAAUCAAUGAAUCAUAUGAACUUCUGAAGCAGGUUAGAUUACUACAGAGUUUUAGAGAAAACACACAUGGUUGAAAAUGGACACACAAGAUUAUGAAAUUGAGCAGCAGUUUGCUGAACCUACGAUCAGUCUUUUCUUUUAAACGCUGAUUGUACUGAUCAAUUUCAUGAUUGUCUAUUUAUAUUUUUUAAAGUUCAGCCUUUGUGUUUCUUUUCAUUUUCAACAUUUCUCUUCAAGUGAACUUCUCCCUCUGAGUGAUUUCUGCCCAAAAUGUUAAUCUCUCAGAUAUUAACUUGUCUGCUACUUAUUUUCCAUAUUUAUUCAUUUUAAAUCUCUAUAUUUUCACCAGGUAGUUUUGAAGCUUCUAAUGAAUAAUGUAUAGUAGAUUGUAGUUAAUGACAGGUGUCCUUGUUUUAUGGGAUACACUUUCUUUCAUUACAGUACUAUUGGGGAAGUCUACUGUAAUCUUUGACCUUUUUAAAAUAAUUAACAUUUUUCUACUCCAGUUUUAGAUGAUCAGCAAGGCACAUUCAAAUAUCAUAGUGUUGUUCCGAGUCUUAUGAAGAUUUGAUGCUAGCGUAUGCUGAGUCAGCUGAUCUUACAUAAGACAGUAGUAAAAGGUGCUACAAUUUGUCACAACAUCCCUGUUUUGCUGCUGUAUAUCACUAUUCAGUAACUUUUAGAUGAAACUUGCACUUUCCUUGCCAUCACUUGAGAGUAACGUUGGGUUUGCCUGUGAUUUUCCCUUCUCUCUCCUCACUAUUCCUACCGCAUGUCAUCCCCAUUUCAUGCAUAAAGAUUGACAACUUGGCUGUCUUCAAGACAGGAUGAAGAUUUGAAAGAGGAUUUCUUUUUAUAUGUAAAAUGCCAUCCCUUAUCCAUUCAAACAAAUCCUCUUUCAUUAUGCAGCUUUUAGCAUGUAUUUAAUCAGCAACCCAAAUUUAAAAUUUUCUUUUUAUUAUUUGAUUUGUACACGUGAACUCAUUUUUUUAAAGAAAUGCCCACUCAGUUUGUUCAUCCUGUUAUAAAAUCAUCUUUCGAUCUGGUAAAGGAAUCAAAAGGAGUUCCUUAUAUGGUUUUCUGUGCAGUGAAAAGAUUAGUUCAUGUGCUUUUAUGCACCAUGCCAUGAUUAAACUCUGGAAGCUUGACUUUACCAUUUGUUUUUGAUUGCCUGAAGAUCUCAUAGCAAGUGCUCUUCAUCAGUAUUACUCCUGCAUGCACCUAUUCUCAGAAAAGCAGAAUUUAUACCAAUUACUCAAUAAGUACACAGUCUUCAAAUUUGUACAUUCCUGAAAGCUUGGCAUAACCUGGUGAUUCAGAAUUCCUCAACCCCAACCUAAAUUAUAGUGAAAUUUUACUAUUCAGUUCAGCUGACAGUGGUUGUGAAUAAAUUUCUAGGAUUCCAGGAUAUAUUUUGUUUUUCAAGUUAAUCCAAUCUUUAAAAUUGGCUGAUAAUUUCCUUUCUUAAUCAGCUAAUGUGAAAAGACUUGUGGUAAAGAGUUAAUUCUUUCCCUGCAAUAUUUUUGAUGUUCAAGCAAGAGAAAAGAUUAGGAUUCGCGACAGUUCAAACUCUAAUUGACAAAAACAAUUCUCAUCACUAGUAUAACAUUUUAUAUUGACAUGGAUCCAUCUUUGUUUUUUAUUUGUUGCAUAAGUUUUACAAGUAAUUAUUGUUCCCAGUAAAAUGCUUCUUAUCCUUUUAGUUUCUGUCAAACAGUGGGGGAUGAAUUAUAUUAAGAUUUAAUUGCACUUAUUGUUGAGAUUAUUCAUCUCAGAAAUAUUUGUCUUGUGGUCUAUCAGAAACGAUUAAUUAUGCUAGUGGCAGACAUUUUCUACUAGCCUAUCUUUUGAUUUUGAUUUAUGCUGGAGUAUCCAAGUUUAGUAACUUUAUAAAUUCUUUAUGUAGCUCAGUUUAACAUUACAUCAAGUCACAUCAAUCCCUAAUUGAUUUCUUUAUGUGCAUCUUGAUUAAUGAACUUAUUGCAAUAGCCAAUUUAUAGCAUGCAUUGAAACAAGAAAAAAGUCUAUCAAUGAAACACAAUUGAAUGUGCAUGUAAUCAACUUCAUUUAUUUUAGGAUGUAUCCAUUUAGGUUAGAUGGCAAUCAUAAUGCUGCCUAAUACUUUUUCAUUUGAUUUGAAUGGUAAUCAAAUUUGAACUUGACCUUUAUAAUAUUGACAGUCAUGGUUCUGCUUGUGCCUCAGCUUUAAAUGCACCAUAUGAAGGUCAAGAAAUUUCUAAAUCAGAUUUUUUUUUUCUACGCAAGAGAAUAGGUUGAAGUAUUUUGAUGAUUCUGAAUGUUUCCAAGUUAAGACAAAAGUCUGGAAUUGCUCCUACUUCCAGUUACUCUGCAGUGAUCAGUAACAGAAAAUCUUCAGUAUAGGUGAUGAAUGACUGACUGACUGGUUUUCUCCAGCAGUGAAAAACUUGCUGACUGCAUGUUCAUGAAAAGGAUUGUCACUUUUUUUGAAGCUACUGAAGAAUUUGUAUUGUGUUUCAGUCAGACUUAGUGAUUGCUUUCAGGGAGAAAAAGUGUGCUUUGGGGAGAGAGGAGGAAAGAAAUCCAAACAAUUUGUUAUACAAAUUCUCAGAGUCAGUACAGCAGCCUUCUGUGUUGGUGUCUUAGACCCGAUAAUCCGUAGUUUUCCAUUUAUCAUCAAAGAAAUCAUUAGUCUUAAGCAGCAAUUGACAGUGCAAAUAGAAUGUAAAGCUACAUAUUGGUGGAAAUAAGUCAAAUAAUAUAGUUAUCAAACUAUAUAGAGUUGUAGUCAGGCCACAACUGGAAUAUUGCUCAGAGUUCUAGUUAUCAAGAGGAGGUAGAGACAUUCAGUACGAAGACAACAUGGAGAAGAGCUGUAAGUCUGUUACCUAGUGACAGUGAGAAGAAUGAUUACACCCGAAAUGUUCACUUCUCCACCUCCUGAUGCUCCCUAGCGUGUAGUGUUCUUCCAGCCUCCUGCUUGUCUUCCUAGUGACAGAGUCCAAGUUAUGAGGGAAGACUUGGAGCUGAAAGACAGGACGUUUGGGCCGACAAGGAAGCUAUAGAAUCUUAUGAAGGCAUGCAGGGUUGUUAACAGUUCAUUGAAAGUAGACCUGGGUCGAGGAGAGUAGGUGGGCUAUUGAAAUUAUUGAAUUUAACUUUAGGACUGUUAGCAAAUUCUUUUUCAUGACAAACACUGACCAAUGUGGACAAUGGACUUCCAAAUAGUGUAAUGUCAGCAAAAUCCUGUAAUUAUUAUAAGAAUGCAAUUGGAUUCUACAGUGGAGAGUGUCAGGAUUGCUGGACUGUUGAAUUAAGUUUCACCAAAUAGAUUACCUCAUCUGUUUUAACCUUGUCAUGGAGAAAUAACUGAAAAUACUUGAUAGGUUUGAUGUUAUUUGUUGUAAACAUCUAUAUCAGGAGCUUGUCAUUUUUCAAUAAUUGAAGCAUGGCAAAAGAAAUGAGAAGGAAAAGGUACAUAAUAGAAUUUAGAAUUAUUUGCAAAGAAAGUUUCAAGGUAUGUAAUGAAGAUAAUAUGAAAGUGCUGGGUGAUGUAGUCUGCUAAUAAGAUUUCCAUACAAGAUAAACUAAGAGAGUAAUGUUUUGUGUAUGCAGGUCAUUAAUGUAACAGCUCACAGGUUAGUUGUUUUAAUUGGGUAUCUUUGAGAAUCCACAGGAUAAUUGGUAUCAAACAUUUAUGUUGUUCCAUUAAGCAUUGCAUUUCUGAGAUAUAUUUGUCAUUGCAGGUUUGUUGUGCUUCUCUGUUAUUUUUAGGAGCACUUGAUGUUCACACUUUAUAUUUGAGAAAUGAAAUGUACUUUUCUUUCAAUAUUUUCUUCUGUAAUCUUGAUACCAAGGAAAUUAUGAAUGAAAAUUCACCAAGUAGCCUUCUUGCCACACAAAUAGCAGGUAAUGAUCAUCUCCUUUUUGGAGAUGAUCUAACCAUCGCCCCUUGACAUUCAAUAGCAUUACAUCACUGAACCCGCAGUAUCAACCUCCUAGGAGUUUCCAUUGACAGAAAACUGAACUGAACUUUCCAUAUAAAUACAAUGGCUAUAACAGCAAGAAUCCUAUAGCCAGUAACACACUUCCUGACUCCCCAUAUCCUGUUCACCAUCUACCAAGCACAAGUUAGGAAUCUAAUUGAAUACUCUCCAUCUGCCUGGAUUGGUACAUCUUAUAGCAAGAAUCUUGAUGCCAUCUAGGACCAAGCAGCCCACAAACAUCAACUUGGUCUGCCCCCAAUGCUCAGUAGCGGCAAUGUGGACCAUCUGCAGGAUGCAGAGCAGAAAUUCAACAACGUUUCUUAGAUUGCACCUUCCAAACCCACAAUCGGUAUAGAAGGACAAGGGCAGCAGACUGCCCUCCGAGCCAUUUACCAUCCUGAUUUGGAAGUACGAUUUCACCAUAUUUCCUUACAGCAACACUGCAUUGUCAGUUUGGAAUGUUUGUGCUGAAUUUGGUUUAGGACAUGAACCUACAACCUACUGGGUGCUGAUCUCUUUCAAGUAUGCAAAAUUGCUUCUUUUGUUUUUGUUGAUAUGUCUUAAGGACUCAGAAGUGGAUAGAGUGAUGCUUGGGUAAAGUUUGUGUUGUAAUGUAUUUGGCUAGAAAAGGCUGGAAAGCAAAUAAGACAACAAAACGUUUAAACCUGUUGGAUGAAUGAUGCACAUUUCUUUUUUUUUACAAUGUUGAACUAUUUAAAUUUCAUCCAUUGAUUUGUAUAAUUCUAGUUGAGAUUUUUUUAUUACAAAUCAAAUUGCAGUUUUAAUUUGAUCUUCUAUGUUACAGGAUUUUUUUAUUUAUCUGAAUUGUUUGCAGUUAAAUAGCUAUAUUUAUGGCUACUCGUGCUUUUAACAAUGUAUUAGGAUGAGUUUUCUUAAAAUCAUUUCAGACCAUAGAUUGUACUACAUAGCCAUUGGAAAAUCUAUUGGUGGAACUAACCUUUUUUACUUCUGUAUUGAAUUGUACAAUAAUGUACUGUGUGUGAAAGUUCCUGUGCAUAUUGUCGUAUUGACACAGUCUUUAUCUUGUAUCUUCUGAAUAUGUGAAUCUGUUUUCAAGGCUGACUUAUUUUUAUUAAGCUAAGUGCCCAUAAACACUACAUUGGCCUGAUCUCUUUAGAUUUGUUGCACAACACUUUCAUUUGUGGUGUUGUCACCUGAAACAUUUUAAACACUUUUGUGUCAUAGACUCCACCUUUUCCAUAAGUGCCACCUAUCAGCCUGAUUCAGUCAAUGCAAGCCGUUGAAAGCUACUUUUAUUGUGUUGGUGAAGAGGUUUGAGAAAAGAGGUUAAAAUUAAGUGGUUCCCUGAAUUACAUUCUUGUUUUACCUUUGCGAUUUGGAUUGCACACUAGAUGAAAUGAUUCUUCCUCUUGUCUGCACUGCCAGACAGAUACAUAGUUGAACAUUUAUUUGGGCAGCACAGUUGAUGCAGAACUCAGUAGAAAGUGGCCAAUAACUUUGCACUAAAAUUUGAUAUUCUUAGGUCAUCGAGUUGGCUCGUAUGUGAAAAUAUCACACUAUGCUGUUUGGUGUUGGGUUAGCAGGUAUUGUGAGACAGAUGGAUGGUUCUAUACUCUGCAUCCAAACUGUGCUGGAACUGAGCAUGGAGUUCUUGUUGCUGAAACCAAUUGUGAAAUAACAACAUUUUUUACCAUUUAGCAGUCUUGAUAUCACUUUCAAAAACUCAAAGUAAAACUUAACAGGUGAAUGGGUUUGAAUGAAUUACUUAAACUUUAUUCACUGCAUAUACUGUAAAGGGGUGGAUGGGUCUUGUGGUGCACUGGUACCAACCCUACCUUCUGGGCAGAUAGUUCAAGUUUCACUUGCCCUGGAAGUGUCAUAACAUAUGAAAACUGAUUAAAAAUAAUCUGCACCAAAAAUAAAAGGUGGAUGACCGUUGUAUCUAAGUGCCUGCAGAUAGAUUUCACAAUUGAAGGGUAUACAGGUGUAAUGUAAUGCUCUUUGCAAAAAAUGAAUGAAUGUAUUGCAGUUUUUGUACUCAGUUAAAUACAUCCCUGUCUGAAAAAAAAAGUAUUGCUUGGCUAUGCAAUAACGAGGAAAUAAAUUGUUAUUGAUUUUGGGACAUGGGAUAGUAAUAUAGUUCUAAGAGAUGUUAUUUUUUUUCUGAGAAGUUAGGAUAUAAUCAGGAUUAAUUAUUGUGACUUUAUUUCCUUCGGAUUUUACUUUCCUGUCCAUGAAUUUGCAAUUGAUUUUUUUUUUAAAAAAAGUUAACUUUUUGUGUUGUUAAAUAAUCAUGGUUUUCAAGUUUUCUUUCACCCUGCUGGGAAAGGGGGAAAUCUAUUCUCGUCGAAACGAUUUUCAUUGGAAUUGGACUGUGAUGAAAGAUUCUGUGUUUCCUCAUGCACUUCACUGCUUAUAAUCAUACUCCACUGCACUCCAUUUCAACAACUUUCCAGUACACUCUUCUGACUAGAUGGAUGUGUGGACUGAGAUGAUCUGGACCAGUUUUUUUUUUUUAAAUUCAUGUUCCUUGCCAUUGCUGCUCAAAAUUGUCGAGAAAGGAGGCUGCCUGUCAGUUCCCACCCCUAGACAGUCCAGGUUUCUGAGUUAGCCAGAAUUUUCUCAUCCAAUUUAAACUGGACACUUUGUCUAAAAUAAUUAUUUUCCAACAUAGUACAAUGCUUUUUGCUUUUGUUGUUACAAUGAUUGCAUAUUUUUAGGAGCUGAGAAAAUCCCUGAAUUUGAGGAUUGAUCAUGUCCCUGCUUCUAUUUACAUUUCAUUUGUUUCUUGCGCAUUAAUGCACACCCACUCUAUGUUGAACUCUCUGCAACUGUAAUGCAACACUUGCCAAUAUAAAGUUUGAAAUUUCCUCUGAGAUACAAAAAUGAACAAACCCAGCAAAAUUUGUUUCUCGGGCUUGGAAUUUGGCAUUUUCUCUUGGCAAAUCUCUUGUGCAGUAGAGAUUUCAAGUAUUUACCCAGAUCAAAAAUAAUAACUAUACCAAUGUUGCCUCAUUUUAAUUCCUAGGGAACUUCGCUGUUAGAAGGAUAGGCAGCAAGUACAGUUGAAUUAUUAAUUACUACUUGGAACAAGCCAAAACCUGGCUUUCGGCUAUAUAUGAAAGCUUAAGAUGGGCAAGUUGGGACAGGUUUCUGCAACUGUAUACAAAGGAAGGUUCAGGAAAAGAGAAAGCAGUACUUAUUAUCCACAUUUUGCUUUGCAUUAUUGAAGCACCAGACCUGGAGAAUGAACUGUUUCAAAGCUUGUGCCAGUGCCACUCUGAAAGCACAUGCAUGACAAUGUGCAAGAGUGUAUGUAGUAGGCCAUCUUAGCUUGUUUUUUUUCUCUACACUGAGAAGUGUAUCUGCAGUCUCACUUUAGUGUGGCACCUGCCUUCCACUAUAGAGACAUCACAGAAUUGGCAUUUGCUUCCUCCUUCCUGCCCUCUUGCUUUGGGUGAAGACGUGGGACAUUAAUUCUCCAUUUGUCUUCCCAGUGAGGAAUUGGCAUAUUGAGGUGGAGAAUGACAUAUGUUGAAGUUGCUCAAACUAGAGUUUGUCUGAUUCUUCCCCUGCUUAAAGCACCUUGGGUUAUUUUAAUCUAUUAAAGGUACUUUGUUAAUUCCAUUUGCUGACGAAUUUCACUUUUUUUUUUCAAAAAUCCAAUGAAACGAAGUGAUUUACAAUUUCAGCAUAUACUUCAUUCACUUGGGGGGCAAAAUGCUAUUUAAUUCUAGCCAACCGUUUUCUUUUUCCGUGUGAACACUAAACAUUUUAAGACAAGACUAUCGAGUUUUGCAUAGACGUAGAUUUUGCAUUGCAGAAGGGGGUUUCCCAACAAUACUUUUGAUGCAUGAUUCCUCAUCAGACUACAUUCAUAACACUCAGUGAUUAUUGUUUGAAAUUUGAAAAAUAUACUUGUGUACUAUACUUUGCAAAAUGUGCAAAAAUGCUACUGCAGCCUGGAGGAGAUCAUUAAGUUAGGAGUGAUUAUGAGAGCAUGGAAUUUGUUUCAGACAUAUGAGGUAACUUGCUGUUUGUCUUUUAACUAAGGCAGACCAUAAAUCUUCUGAGUUAUUUUUAUUGAUGAACAUGAACUGCAAAAGUUGAACAUUUGAUAUUUAAAAAGGAGUAAUUGUGGUAAAGUAGAGCUGGUCAGACCUCAUCUGACAGAAGUAUAAACUUGCGUUUUAGGGGACCGUCAUUAGAUCUAACCUUCCAUCUGCCUUUUGACUUUCAUUCUUACCUGCUGUGUAAUUCCAAAACUUCUGAUUUCCUUGAGUUAUUUCAUUGUACAUUUAAAAAAAAAAAUAUCUGCAAGUUUGAUGUAAAUAUAUAUGGGAGGGGGUGAAGAUGGGCAUUGUGCAACAUGGUCACUGACUCAGUUGAAGAUUGUUUUGGAUGUUCCAUUUGCCAUCAGAUGGCUGUUGCUCUGUAUUUGCUGUUAUUUUGUAUAUGAAGAAACUGAGAUAACACUGCAGGCCCAGUGAAUGACAGCAUCAAAACAAUUGAUAUUGACUCAGAAUAGAGAGCAGCGAUUUUCAAAGUUAGAGCCUUGUUCAGGUUUCUUGAGGUCCAUACCAGCUAGUUCCACAAGUCUUUGAUUUUCUUUUUAAAAAUGCAUCUUCCCAGAAUUAAGGGUUUUCAAAUAAGCCCAAUUUCAUUCUGCAUUUAGUUUUCUGUGCAAAAUGUUAGUUGUGGGGUCAGCAAUUGGAAACUUUAACUGACCAUAGAGCAGUUGAAUUGGUUGAGGAAAAUUAACCUGCUUUCCUGCUCAUUAUCACUUGUCGACCUUGGGUGAGGAUAGGGACUUAUCAAACUUGAAUAGCUUACUGUUGAAGCCAAACACAAAGUUGCUGGUGUCUGUGAAACUAUUGCCUGGCAACUGUAUGAAAACAUGAGGAGGAAGGUGGGUAAUGAGAAUUAUUAAUAAAAAGCUCUCAAAUGUCUUGGGUUGACAGUACUGAAAAUGGCAAUCCCUAACUGCAGAAAUGCAAUUGUUAAUCCUUUUACAAUCUUUAAUUGUUUGCCCAUUUCACUUUUUUAAAACAAAAUAGAAAUCAUAACUAUACCUUUUGGUGUUUUUGCAUGUCAAGUUGUAUUUACAGUUUUAUGCAUUACAAACCGGUGUCCAUUUGAAAGAUUUAAUGUUAGAAUAUACUACUGAUCAUGUGGAAUGUAUUUUAAACUUGAGGUCAUUUUGAUCUAUGUUGCUUUCUCUUUCUCAGAAUAUGUUGACUGCAUAGAAAGGAAACUCAUUUGAGUCCUUUCAAACACAUUAUCAAAAGUGUUGUUACUUUAUAGUUUUAUUUACUAAUGAAGUCAAAAAAGUACCUGAAAAGUCUGACUAAAUCUGUGAAGAGUCUAACAUUUGUGAUUGUCUGGUCUCCAGAUUUUUUUUUUGUACAUUUUAGUCAUAAAUUAAACUGUACAAAGCUUCAAGUUCCUUGUCUUUAACAUGAAUUGGAUUUGUUUGUUCAAUCUGGACUAGAAAGAGUUAUAAAUUAAUUGAUUUUUUUUUAAAAAUUGCGAAAUGAGUUGUGGUUAUUUUGAGGACUCUAUUUUCAAAGUGAGGAAUACCAAUUGUACAUUGUCAUGCAGUAGUUGCGUUCACACAGACACCAAAGAUUAACCAAUAGCUUUAGGCUUUUGACUGUUCAGCUCUCAAAUUAACCACUUGACUUCAAUGUAUUUGUGUAAUACAUUUAUAAAGACAUGGUAAUAAAUGAGUUGUUUUUGAAUUUAACAG